AUUCCCACUUUCGCCACAUACACACUUUAGCCUGUACCACUCCCAUAGUCGGUCUUUUUCUAUAUACAAAGAAAACAAUCUUGAUCUUGAUUAAUCAUUACCAAAAAAAUCUUAGAAAAGUUACUCUCUUUCUUCAACUAAGGUCACUCAUAUUGUCUCUCUUCUUUCAAUCCCUCCACCCCCACAAAUGGCUUCUUUGUCCACAUCUGUAAAGCUGGCUCUUCCAAAUUCACUGCUCUAUUCUCAAACCCCUAAAAACCUCCUCUGUCACAACCUAAGCAUUGUCUCAAGAUCAUCAAGAUCCAAUUUUUAUGGUCUCAAGCUUCUUCAUUCACCUUCUUUGACAACCCCUUCUUCUUUUUCUUCAACUAAAAGUUCUAUUUUUGCUAAGGUGGAAAAAGGUUCAGUGCCUCCACCAUUCACAUUAAAAGAUCAAGAUGGAAAAGAUGUGAGCCUCUCCAAGUUUAAAGGCAAGCCCGUGGUGGUUUAUUUCUAUCCUGCUGAUGAAUCUCCUGGUUGUACAAAACAGGCCUGUUCCUUCAGGGACUCGUAUGAAAAGUUCAAGAAAGCAGGAGCGGAAGUUGUUGGGAUUAGUGGUGAUGAUCCGGAAUCCCACAAGGCUUUUGCAAAGAAAUACAGACUUCCAUAUACGUUGCUGAGUGAUGAAGGCGACAAGGUUAGAAAAGAAUGGGGAGUCCCAGCAGACCUUUUUGGUACAUUGCCUGGAAGACAAACUUAUGUACUUGACAAGAAUGGAGUAGUUCAACUCGUAUAUAACAAUCAGUUCCAACCUGAAAAGCAUAUUGAUGAGACAUUGAAGCUACUUCAAAGUCUCUGAAUGUCCACCAAAUUUUCUUUCUAUAUUUCCAUUUCUCCCACUAGUUUCCUUUUAUGCUUAAUAUAUAUAUUACUGUAUGUGAUUCUGAUUAGAUAUACAACCACUGUAGUUAGAUGUCAAAGGAAUUAUCAGUUUAGGGUCAUAGCACAAAUUAUGCUCUAUAUUGUUGAAUCACUGCCAUAUGUGAGCUAUGUUGCUCGGGUUCGUCAAAAAGUGUGUCGGACUCUCUGAAAAUGUUGUUGCGUGUCAAAUUAUUUGUUGAGCUCAA